GCGGCGACUCACUCCGGUGUAGGGCGGGAGGGGGCAAAAGGAGGGGAAAGAGGUAGGUAGGCAGGGAGAGCGAAUAAGAGGAGCAGACACACACGCACACACAUAUCAUACACACACACGCAGUACGCGAGAUCUGUGUAAGGGGUGUGCAGAACUUGAUCCUUUCCCAGAACUCAACUCCUCCCCGCCGCCCGUCCGCUCCAAUGCGGUCCGGACGAGAAGAGUUCCUUUCCACCAGGAUGAAACAUUGGAACUAACUGCAGACAAUUCAAAUAUUCCUGCAUAGGAGGGAGAAGAGUUUGAAGUGUGUGUGUGUGUGUUUGUGUGCUCCUGCGCUUGCGGGACGCGCUGGCUUAUGGCCGUAUUUAGGUCGUUUCCCGCGUGAUUUUUUUUUUUUAAAGGAGGGAAAAAAGUACUCGGGAAAGCUAAGUCGAAGGCGUUUCGUUUGUUCGUUUUGUACCAGCAAGGGAAAGAAAGCGAGGCUGAGGGGCAGAGGAGGUUCUGUUUUCCUAGGAAAUCCUCCUUGAGUGCCGAGGAGCCAAAGAAUAAGCGCAGUCAUCAUAAUACAAGGAUACAUCUGGACUGUUUUUGCGUUUCCUGGUUUUCCUGGGGUUGCGAAGAUGCUGUCCUACACUGUACUGGAUGCUAAUGUGGUGGACGUGGAAAAAAGGCGAAAUCCUUCCAAACACUAUGUAUAUAUAAUCAAAGUAACAUGGUCGGACACAACUUGCCAGACAAUCUACCGGAGGUACAGCAAAUUCUUUGACUUGCAGAUGCAACUUUUGGAUAAAUUCCCUGUUGAAGGAGGCCAAAAAGAUCCCAAACAGAGAAUCAUCCCAUUUCUUCCAGGGAAAAUCCUAUUCCGAAGAAGUCACAUUCGAGAUGUAGCUGUGAAGAGAUUAAAGCCAAUUGAUGAAUACUGCAGGGCACUGGUAAAGCUUCCACCUCACAUCUCACAGUGUGAUGAAGUCUUCCGUUUUUUUGAGAGCCGACCAGAGGACCUAAAUCCUCCUAAAGAUUUGGAUGUCAAGCCUAUCUGAUUCUCCAAAGAAAGCUAUAGCAGGUACUGACGCUAGCUCUGAGCCUAUGAUCCUGGAGCAGUAUGUGGUGGUAUCUAACUAUGAGAAACAGGAGAACUCGGAGAUCAGCCUGCAGGCCGGCGAAGUGGUGGAUGUAAUAGAGAAGAAUGAAAGUGGUUGGUGGUUUGUAAGUACUUCAGAAGAGCAAGGCUGGGUCCCUGCAACUUAUUUGGAAUCCCAAAGCGGAGUUAGAGAUGAUUCUGAAAUUAACAUGUCCAAAAGAGGAGAAGUUUCUAAGAGACGCAAGGCUCAUCUGAGGCGCUUGGACCGGCGAUGGACACUGGGAGGGAUGGUCAACAGGCAGCAGAGUCGAGAAGAGAAAUAUGUCACAAUUCAGUCAUAUACCAGCCAGGGAAAGGAUGAAAUUAGUUUCGACAAGGGAGUCACUGUGGACGUCAUUCAAAAGAACCUGGAAGGAUGGUGGUACAUAAGAUAUUUAGACAAAGAAGGCUGGGCCCCAGCGUCUUAUCUGAAGAAAGCAAAAGAUGAGCUUCCCACUCGGAAAAAGAAUCUUACAGGACCAGUGGAAAUUAUAGGAAACAUCAUGGAGAUCAGCAACUUGCUGAACAAGAAAUCUUCCAGUGACAAGGAAACUCAGUCAGAAAUUGAAACGACAGAAUCCCAUGUUGCCAAGAAAGAAAUAAGCUUGCCCAUCUUAUGCAAUGACUCCAAUGGCAAUUUCAUGAUGACCCAAGAUAAGCAGAUUUCGAAGCAGGUGCAGGGAUCUCCUGCCAUAGCACGGAUUGCCCCACAAAGAGCUCAGAUAAGUUCGCCAAAUCUGCGUAUGAAACCUCCUCCAAGAAGAGAAUCUAGUUUGGGAUUUCAACUACCUAAACCUCCUGAGCCACCAUCAGUGGAAGUUGAAUAUUAUACUAUUGCAGAGUUCCAGUCUUGUAUUUCUGAUGGAAUAAGCUUCCAUGGAGGACAAAAAGCAGAGGUUAUUGACAAGAAUUCUGGGGGCUGGUGGUAUGUCCAGAUUGGAGAAAAAGAAGGCUGGGCUCCAGCAUCAUAUAUUGAUAAAAGGAAGAAACCCAAUUUAAAUAGGCGAACAAGUACUCUGACCAGGCCCAAAGUUCCUCCCCCUGCUCCUCCUAAUAAAGUAAAGGAUUCUGAAGAAGUAACAGCUGCUAGUACCACAGCUUCAGGAGAUGGCCAAGAUUCCCCACAUAAGCAGCAGUAUGAGGAACCAGAGUAUGAUGUGCCUGCCUUUGGUCAUGACUCAGAAUCUGAGCUGAGCCAAGGAGAAGAUGGUAAUUCAGACAGAAACUCAUUCCACCUUCCAAAACCUUUCUCUGGAUCAUCUCUCCAAAGAGCAAAAUUUCGAGUUGGAGAGUCUUCUGAUGAUGUGACUCAUGAAGAGGAAACAAUAUAUGAAAAUGAAGGCUUUAGACCUUACAUAGAAGAUGCACUGUCAAGCAAGGAAUCUAGUGGAGAUUCUGAUUCUCGAAGUUCCUCACUAUCUUUGAUCCAAAUAAAUUCUCCACAUUCACUUUCUCCUAAAUCUUCCUUUCUGAAGCCCAAAAAUAUUCAAACAAACUUUGGGAAGUCCCAUUACAGUCAUAACGAGGAGACAAAGCCAAGAUCAGCUUCAGAUGCUGGCCUAAGUAGUAUACCCAAAUCAGGCACAAAGAGGGAUACUGGAGAGCUCAUGUCUAGCAGAGCAAAACCAAUGGUGAGGCCAAAACCAUUUCUGAACAAAGCAGAUUCUCAAAGUCAAGAAAUGAUGAACAUCAGUACUUUACGUCAUCAUCUGAGACCAACUGGGCAACUCAGAGGCGGACUUAAAGGUUCAAGAAGUGAGGAGUCUGAAAGUCCACCUCAGACAACUUCUGGAAACUCAGAAGUGUCUUUCAGAAGAAAUUCUACAGAAUUCAUUACAUCCCCUUCCCAUACCUUAUUUUAUGCCGGCCAGCUAGCCAAAACAGAAAAUGAAGGCAACCCCUCUAAAUGUCUGUAUAUAACUACGGAUUCUUAUCAAAAAGUUCAAGAUUCUGAAAUCAGUUUCCCUGCUGGAAUAGAAGUGGAAGUAUUGGAAAAGCAAUCAAGUGGAUGGUGGUAUUUGAAAUAUGGAGAAAUAGAAGGGUGGGCUCCUUCUCAUUAUCUGAUGCUUUUUGAUAACCAGCAACAAGAAAACACCUCCAGUGGAGAAGAUACCACAUCCAACAUAUCGCAGGCAAGAAACAGAAGAAAUGAAAGCAAAUCCAAUAGCUUGGAGAAAAUAGAAAAGAAGGUCCAGGCACUGAAUACUAUCAACCAGAACAAAAGAACAACACCCCCUAUUCCUAAUAAGCCACCUGGUGGCUUCUCCAAAACAUCUGGGCCUGUCAAAUUGCGAAAUGGAGUUAGACAGCUAGCAGUGAGACCACAGUCAGUGUUUGUUUCUCCACCACCCAAGGAUAAUAAUCUGCCUUGUUCCCUGCGUAGGAAUGAGUCUCUUUCUGCCACAGAUCAUUUGAGGGCCGUACGUCGUAAUUCAUCUUUCAGUGCUGUUCAAUCCCAAAUGAAUGAGUCUAAAGUAAAACAUGACAGUCGAUUGGGCUCUGAAAGGUCAGAUAAUGCCUCUUACAUAUCAACAGAUCGCAAUGGAAUUCCAGUGUCUACUGUCAGGCCCAAGCCCAUUGAAAAAUCCCAAUUCAUUCAUAAUAACCUUAAGGAUAUCUAUAUCUCCAUUGCAGAUUAUGAGGGAGAUGAAGAAAGUGCUGGGUUUCAAGAAGGUGUCUGCAUGGAGGUAUUGGAAAAGAACCCAAAUGGCUGGUGGUACUGCCAGAUCAUGGACAGUGGGAAACCAUUUAAAGGCUGGGUGCCCUCCAAUUAUUUGGAAAAAAAGAAAUAGUAUUGCAAUGUAUUUAAAUUCACUAAUUUAUACUUCCCUAUGGUGUACAUUUGGAAAAAGGCAAAAGAUACACAGAUGUAUUUCUUGUACACUAAUGUACAUACACAGGACAGUUCAGUUUUGCUUGUGGCCCAGAAAGUCUGCCAUCUUUUAGGAUGUUUUGAAGGAAAGGUCUCAUUCUGCAAGUAUCAAGAAAAUCCAGCUGGAAUUAAUGCCCUUUUAUUUUCUCCCUCCCCCAAAGAUGUGCAUCAGGGUACAUUACCCUAUCUCCUGAUUUUAAUACUUAGAAACCAGAUAUGUGCCUUUCACAUUCUAGUUUGGAAUUAUGGGUUUACUUGGGAUUGAUUGGGAGUUUGAUGCCAAACCUAAACAUUUUAUUUUUUUUAAAAAACCUCUGCUUGUUCAUUGCUCCCAUGUGAUGUGGCCAUAAUUAGUAUUUGGUUGAUCCCCCCUUCACCCAAGGUGUGUGGGGAACAGAGCAAGUGGAGAAAAUUUUCAAGAAACCAUCACUCAACGAUUGCAUUCUGGUCUCUAGAUUGAAGAUCUGAGAAGGUGGUUUUUUCUUUUCAUUUCUGGUAUUGGAUUUGAAUCACUUAUUGUUCUUUUUCCUCCACUACUAUCCAUCCUGGUUUGUUUUCUUCUCGUAUCCCUUACUUGUCAGCUGGGUCAGGAAUGGGGAGGGGUAUUUUUUUUAAAGUUAUUAGUGGACUUUGAAGUUUAAUCCAAUUUUAUGUGGUUCCCUAAUCUUUCUAAACACUCUAAAACUAUGAGUUGCACACAACCUCUUCUGCAUAUCAUUUUCAACUUCAAUGCUUUCCUCUUGUGGCCUUCUGAACAAUAUGUACUGUAAUUAUUUUGAGAGUACUUGCCAGACAACUCAGUUAUUCAGAGUUUCGGAUAUCAACUAAGAAUUAAUCAAGUUUCAUCCAGAUUCAAAGAUGAGAAGAGGAAAACCCAUAGUGCAACCUGCUUCUCUUUUUGUUAGUUUAUGGCCUGUUACAACUUGGCUUGGCUAGCUUUCUAAGGGAGGGGAAGAACUUUCUCAAACAUCUACUUCUUCUCCUCUUCGUAGGUUCUAUCUUUUGGCUGUGGCAGAGUUGCACUGGGUUGCACAUGCCCAGCUUUCAUCAUGGCAUUGGUGUUGCUGUGCUGCUCUUUAUCCCAAGCCCUGCAGGACUCCCUGCUCUUGUAGUCCUGGAGGGAGGAGUGGAGGGAGGUGCGUAGUUCCAUUAGAGAAACCAUGCACAUGAUGCUUCUCCUCUCACUGUGUUAUUGUCAGAACCAAUUGUACAGGAUCUAUGUGUGACUCCUCACCAUGUCCAUUAUGUGAAAGAGGACAGUUCAAAUCAAUAGAACUUUCCUCAACAUAUCGUGGCAAUUAGCAUUACCAUCACAAAGAGAAAAAUAAAAAUGGUGGAGCUGAGUUGAGCUAACUAUGCCCACACUGAAAAAAACAAACGAAAUUUGCUUCCACACAAUGGGACAUUGUCUGGCUUCUUUUGUUAUGAAGGGAAGGGUUUGGCAUGUUUACAACAUUUGUAUCACCAAUUUAUAUGAACAGACAAAAUCAUGAAAAUCACAGCAUGUAAGGAGGCAGUUGCCCAAUCCAGCACGAUGUUUGUUUAUGGGAAAUUAUUUAUUUUCUUCCUUGAGUACUUCACUGAGAAGAACAUGGGCCAUCCAGAAUUAGCUUCAUGUUGCAAUAAAAAGAAGAGUGUCAAAAUAGGUGCUAUGUGUGCACAUCUGAAUGUUGACGAUUCAUCAAGUUUCUCUUCGUUUCAUAUCCAAUCAAUGCCGAUUCUUACCUGGCAGAGAAGCGCCUUAUGUUUUCAAAAUCAGAAUGGGAAUGAGCAAACGCCAUGGAUGUUACCAACUUCAUUCUUUGUUUUAGUUUAUACAUGAGCAGGAAGGGAGAGAUCUUUAUUAGUCAACACCAAUCUUCUGAACAACUUUUUUUUAAAGUACAAGCAGUACAAAUUAUUUUGUUCUUCUCACUUGGAUGUUAGUUUUGUACUGAUAGCUGUUGUCAAAGGGUGAUUGAACAGAGCACCAUUAGACUGGGAAUGUUACAAAGCAGGAAUUCUGUAGUCACGUAUCCUCUUUUGCCUUUUUAUUUAUGAUUUCAGAUGCUUUUUUAAAAAAAUGAGAUUUUGUGGAAAAGCAUGAAGAUUAAAACCACUGGGGUUUGUGCAAAGGCUUUGGGUACAAAGUGUGUUUAUAUUUUAAUGCAUUUUCAUUUACUAGCCUUGCAGUGAACUUUGUAAUUGGUAAACAACAGCAACAACAAUACCAGAAGGCCUUUAUUUAAACAAUAUGGAAAUCAGACAACACAUUUAUCGCCACUUUGAAGCCCAAUAUUUUAUAUGGAAAAUGAAGAAAAAGAGUUGGGGGUUUUAGGGAGAAAAUCUGGUUAUCUCCAGCCACAGUCUUACAUUCUACCACUAGAAGAUGAAAGAAUCGGAAGAUUUUUAAUAAGGUCCAACUCUUUUUCUGAACAAUUAAAAAUUAAGCAUAUUUUGAGAUGUUUUAGCUUUCUGAAAAUUACAUAAUUAUCACUUGAUUCUUGCCUCGUUUUUUGUGUUACGUAUAUUACAUUAUAAAAAUAACUUGAGGGAUUGAUUUCCAUGCUUGUGUGAUUGAUGCUUUUCAAGCUGAUCUAUUACAGUGCAUCAUCACUGCUACUCUCCAUGCUUAUACAGUGAAAUAGCAUGGAAGAAGAGGCCUGGUGAUGAAGAGGAAACACAACAGGCCUCUAUAACAUCAGUAAUAAUAAAUUCAUUAGGAGAAGACAUACACCACAGUGCAUUUGAAAAUGGUGUGGUUUUGCCCAAAGCUCCUUUCCAUAAGACUUUACAUCUCAAAUGUUUCCUCAUAUUUAUAUUUUGUUAAAAAGUGAGCAGCAAUUUAAGAGACUGCCCAAAGUUGCUUGAGUUUAAAAUAGUAUUAUUUUCUUCUGCUGGACAGUAUUAAGUAGAGCAAAAUCAUCAAGUUAUCUGCUAGAUUGCAGUACUAAUAUUAGUGAUUUAGCAACACAUAUUAAUGUUUAUGAUUAAAAAUAACAAUAAUGAUGAUGAAGUGGUUCAUUAUUUUUGAAUUAGUGCACUUUAACCAUUUUAAACCAAAAUGCAGGAAAAUCAAGUGCAUUAUUUAAAGAUGCAGUAUAAAUUGUCAUUUUAAGAACAUCUAUUUAUUAAAAUAAUUUAUGAUUAUUUAAAAUUUGUACUAUACAGUUUUGUUCCAAAGAUGCCAUCAUCUCUUGGGAAAGCUAAAAGUGCAGCUCCCAAAAAUCCUGCACUGAGCCAUCAAGACUCUUCAAAUACAGGAGAUACAGGUAGCCAGAGUCAAAUUUUUGGCCAAGAAGGGAUCGGUAUUUCUUGCUGUACAGAAGCAAAUUGGUUUGUAGUAUUCUUUAUCAUCUCAGCACUGGGGAAUUAUGUGUACAGAAUUGAACCAAAAAGGGUCAAGAGAUUUUGAAAAUAUCUUUUACAGAUUCUCUAAAAGGGUUAAUCAUUUCCAGCCACAUUUGGGAUUAGUAGUAUAUCUCUUUAGUGCUACCCAGCCUUCAGCUAAUUCUGUUGCAGCUGCAGGUUUUCGGGGUAAGAAAGUCACUGAGUUCAUUUUAAGUCUAGAAUGCUUCUGCAAAUUCUUAAGAAAAAAAAAGUUACAUAAAUAUGAUUUGCCCAUACUUUCAGUAAGGAGAAUAGCUUUCCAUAUUCUCUUUCAAAGCUACAUUUUUUAUGCAAUAGUAAUAUUGAAUUGGCACAUGUAAGGACUGGUUUCUUAAAGUGCCUCUUUAUAAUUAGAACAGUUAUCAGCCAAUAAAUCAAUUUGCUUAUCAAUUUGCAUUUUACACAUUAUAAAAGUGAGCCUUGAUUUGUCCUAUAAAACUGCCCCAAUAAUCUAAAAAAUUACAUAAAUAUAGUUGGAUAGGUAGUUUUUUGGGUUAAACUAGUUUUUCAUUUUUUUUUAUUUUAAAUCUUUAUGUAAGUAUGUGUCACAUCUCUAGAACCUUUAUGUAGGGGACAUUGUAGCUGGUUUUAUAGCAUAUGGAAGUAAUAUCUAGGUUCAAAUACAGGGAGAAGGAUAAGCAAAGAGCACUAUCAAGCACCUUCUUAAUUUAGUCAGUUUCACUGUUUCCCACAUGUAAUCUAUAACUUGCCCUUGUAACUAUUAGGGAGGUGUUUAAGGAUUGGAAAAUUCAAAUUUCAGUGCCAGGCUAAUGCACAAAGAAAUACAUUGAAAUCCCAUUCACAAGGGCUGUAGCUUUCCCUGUCAAAAUAUUAUCUGCUAAUUCCAAAAUUAUUUUGAUCAUAAGCCUGAUAAUUUUUUAAAAAAAAAACUAUAUAGUACUUUCAAAAUAAUCUAGAUCUCAAUUUUUCAAUAUUCUGGGGACUAAUUGAAUAUUAAGCCAAAGAUUGCACUCUUAGAGAAGAGUGCGUUCUGGUCAUUUCCUGGUUCUUUAAAUUGCCUUGGUUUUCAACAAGAACAACUCAAAAUGCAGAUUGAUAUUUUGACAAAACCCAAACAAUGAAAACUUUUUUUCUGCUGUAUACUGCAACUUUAAUAAUAAUGAGCACUUCUGAAUUCGUUAUUGCGGAUUUAUAUAAUGCCUGAAAAAAAUACUCUUGCUUUUUUUUCUUAAUUUCUACAUUUUGGUGAGUUACGUUUAAGUAAUGAGUUCCCUCACAAGAUGUCGUAGUAAGCUUGGCUUACCACCACAGGUGUUUUUUUUUACAAAUUUGAAAUUGUUCUAUUUUCCUGAAUCCAUUCAUUAAGGAGGGGAACAGAAAUAUAGACUGAGAAAAAACAGUCUAAGUAUUCCUUGGGUUCAUGGAAUUAGUUUCAUAAUUCUUUGACUUUCUAGAGCAGUGUUUUUAAAAAAUUGACAACUUUAAGAUGUGUGUGGUUUUUAACUCCCAGAAUUCCCUAGCCAGCACUGACUAGGGAAUUCUGAGAGUUGAAAUUCACACUUCUUAAAGUUGCCACAUUUGGACAAUAGUGCUCUAAUGAAAUCUACCUUUAUGAAAAAAAAUAGACUCUUUAAUUGUUUAACAGAUUUGUGUUCCAUUGAUAGAAGCUGAAACAAACAACUACUGCACAUGCAUUUAUCCUACGGUAGCAACUGCAUUUGUUCCAAUGAACUGGUUCCAAAGUCUUCCUUUCAGAAGCAACACUGAACAUUUUGACGAUGGCAUUAUAGAAUUGUGCUUUUUAGAACUACUUUUGAAUAUUAGAAUAGCUUAUUUUAAUUUAAAGUUAUACUUAUUGCUUCUCUCCAUUUAUAAAAAAAAUUGUUACUGCUUUUUGUGAUUUAUGAAAAAUGGAAGGGAAACUGGUAAAUAAUUAUUUCAUUAUUAGCAUUUACUAGCAUUACUAUAGCAAUAGUAAUAUUUAAGUUUAUAUCAUCUUGAGUAAUUUGUCCAUUAUAUAUUUUUUAAUUAUUGUUACAUUUUAUCCAAUAUUUGCAUUCUCAGUAUAGUGUCCAAAUAGAGGAUCAGUGCAAUAUUGAAAGGGCAAAAACAGGUCCCUCAUCCAGGACUUGAAGUGGAUGAACAGUGUGAUUUUAAACAUCUGUCAUUUUUUAUUAUGCACUCUUAAGUAAACAAAAAAACAUGAGGAUUGAGGAAAGUUGAACAACCGCAGAAGUAAGCAGGAAGUGGAUGAAGAAAACUUUUGGAAAAAAAUUGGCUGUGUAACUUUGAUAUUGGGAGUAGAAGUUUAUCACAUUCAAGUAUGACAACUUGAUGGUUCCUAGCUCUUCAACUGUACUGUUUUCUUUUUUUGCAAUGUUUACUAUUCUUCCAUCUUUUUUGUAGCCGUAUGCACUCUUUAACUUAAGCAGAAGUUCCAAAUUCUUAUCUGAUUUACACUGAUGUCAGAGGACUUUACUCCUGAAUUGAUAUGUAGGUGCUGUUUAUCAUGCUAUAGAAGCAUGAAAGAGAUCCUGGACAGAAGUUGCCACAUUGAAGGCAUGUUGACAAAGGGUACUUGCUGUUUAAGUGUGCAUGAAACACAAGAAGUAAAUACUUGAAUUAGAGUAUGUCUGUAUUGCAUGGUAUCUUAAUAGUCUAUUCCAUAAUUAGACUGUUUAAAACCAGAAACUUCUAUGAAGUUGCAGUUUGAUCUCUCUUUUCUUAAAGAAGAAAAGAUGCGGAACUUUAUUAACCCAUCAUCACUAAGGCAGCAUAUAAAUAAAGUGGCUGGAUGAAAGUA